AGAGAUGGAAGUGCCGUUUGAAGACAAAAUUUUGCAGACACUGGCUAAGGGAUUUCUUGCUACUGCAACUUCAUUUGUGUUGGCCAAAGAGAUGAAUUGUUCUAAGGAAAUUGUAGAGGAUGUUUUAAAAACAUUUGAAGACGCAAAACUUGUUAGUAAGAAUGGUUCAGCUUGGCAGGUGACCAAGACUGGUGAUAAAUAUUUGUGUUCUAAGAAUUUGAAACCAGAAGCGAAACCAUCUACAGUACCUGGUGUCAGACAGGAGCGGACUCUGUGCCACAUGUCUAAGACUGGAGUUGGAAGGGGACUACCUCUUUCUCCACUGGAACUGGCACAAUCACAUACUGUCUUUGCAAAUAAAAGUUCACCAUCCAUUAACCCAAUGAUUAAAAUUGGUAGAGGACAUCAGUUGCAGAAAGCACUUGAGUUUGUAAAAAUAGCUGGUUCUUCAGUGGGCAGAGGUCACGGGGUUUUGUCGGCAAGAACUGGUGAACCAGAGUCAAGACCUUCAUGUGCAGACAGGUUUUUGUCUAAAAAUAAUAAUGCACAGGUGUCCACAGAAAACUUGUCUUUAACUAAACAAUCUCCUGAACCAGGUAAAAAAUUUGCAUUCGCAGCUCAGCCGAGUAUGACCGAGACGUUUCCCCAACAAGCAGUGUUUGGAUCCACCUUGGUUAAUGGAAUGAGAUCACCAACUCCUUCAGGACCAUCUGGAUUUAGCAUUCCACCAUCACCCAUGGCACUGGCUGGUCAGACCAAUAAUACAGUAAAUUCACCAUCAUCAUCAUCAUCAUUUCCAUUGCACCAUGAUAGACCACUGCAGUUUAGCACACCUGUUGUUAGCCAGCCAAAAGUUGCCGUAGCAAACUCUGGUGUACUUGCAAAUAUUGGUAUCAGCUCUGAGAGCUUUGCUGCCCUGAAUAAGAAUCCAAUCAGUGCUUUGACAGAAUAUGCUCAGUCCCGACGCACUAUAGCCAGGAUUGAAGUUAUCAGCCAACGAGGUCCACCUCACAAACCAACUUUUGAAGUAGCCUGUUUUGUUGGGAAUCGACGAUUUCCAAGUGUGACCUGUCAGAACAAGAAAGAUGGUCGCAAGGAAGCUGCUGAUGUUGCCAUGAGACAACUUAUUGCUGAAGGAGCGUAUAGCAUACCCGAUAAAUCGUCCUUUGUAAACAUUGCACCUAACGAGAUGACUCACUUUGACAAAGUGGCUGGCCUGGUACACCAAGCCUUCAACGCGCUGAUAGCCUCAAUACCAGAAGCUCUAGCUGGACGGAAAAUCAUCGCAGGCCUCGUCAUGAAGAGAAACGAAAAGGAUGUUGGCGUUGUCAUUAGUAUUGGGUCUGGUAACCGGUGUAUCACAGGCCAGCAGCUCAGUCUGGAAGGUAACACGGUGAACGACUCUCACGCAGAGAUCAUCACGCGCAGGAGCUUCCUGAGGUUCCUGUACAAGCAGCUUGAAUCGUAUGACCCAUCACGACCGCAUGGUUUGUUUGAGAGAGGACCCACAGGAAAGUUUCGAAUUCGACCAGCCAUAACCUUUCACCUGUACAUUUCAACAGCUCCAUGCGGGGAUGGGGCUCUAUUCUCUCCCAGAGAUACAGGAUCAAACAAUUCUCCGUUGGUUGAUAUGCAAAGCCGAGAACAUCACCCAACAUUUACUAGCACUGUUCAGGGCUUGCUGAGAACAAAAAUGGAAGGAGGUGAAGGCACUAUUCCGAUUGAGUCUGACUUCACGGAGCAGACGUUUGACGGGAUAAUCCGUGGCGAGAGGCUGCGCACCAUGUCAUGCACAGACAAGAUCUGUCGCUGGAACGUUCUCGGCAUGCAGGGGGCGCUGCUGUCACAUUUCAUUGAACCUGUUUAUUUGGAUUCUCUUACAUUAGGUUUUCUCUACGACCAUGGCCACUUGGCAAGGGCAGUUUGUUGCCGUGUCAACCGAACUGGUCAGCCUAUAGAUGAAUUGUUGCCGACAGGCUACCACCUAAAUCACCCGUGGUUAGGGCGUGUGACUGCGUGCGACCCAUCCAGGGAGACUCAGAAGACGAAGAAUCUGAGCAUCAACUGGAGUUUCGGGGAUCAGCAGCCUGAGGUCAUUGAUGGCCCUCUCGGUCUCUGCCAUACAGGGAUUGAAAAGAAAUUUUUCUCCCGUGUCACAAAGAAAGCUAUGUACGAGAGCUUCAAGAAAAUAUGUGUGAAAUUCGGUGCCUCAAAUCUAGGCCAGGCAAAGAAUUACCACGAAGCCAAGCUGGCCGCUAAAGAUUUUCAGUCUGCCAAGAUGGCUCUGGUGAAAAAACUCAAAGAAAAUAACUAUGGACCAUGGGUGUCCAAGCCAGUGGAAGAGGAGAUGUUCUCUUAGUGUUCCAGUCGAAUGAAACACCAAAAGAACAUUUUGACACUGUCCUUGAACCAUGUAAACAAUGUAUACUGGAACUGUAAUACGGUUAAUAGGAAACACAUGCUGUUAUCAAUAGCUUCUUGUAUGUUAUAUCAGUAUAUAUUCUGUCUGUUCUGUCUAGUAUGUCAGUAUAUGAUAGAAUGCUUAUUGCGUUUAAAUGCAUUGAAGUCUUUAGCAAAUUAUUUACUUCUCUUGCACAUUGUAACAUGAAUAAUGCCUAACACUCAGAAUUUAGUGAACCAUAAAGAUAGCAUUAUGUUCUAUAACUUAAGUUAAUUGAUUUGUAAGUUACGGCUAAUAAGUUUGUAUACAUUAUAUUUUACGUCUUUUAUUAAUGGCUUUAAUGACUUAUUUCUUGUUCGUGAUGUAUGUGAAAUAUUUACUCAUGAAUGUGUAAUUGCACAGCUUGAUUAUGAGACUACAUCUCAUGCACAAUAUUGAUUAAUCAGCAGUAAUAUAUCUUCUUUUUAAAUACAACUACUACUGAUUGAGUAGUCGGAUGUAACUCAGUGGUAGAGCUCUCGACUGAGGUGUGAUGGGUCAUAGGAUCGAUCACCCUCAACAGACUUAAAUGUUUUUCCUGUUCCAACCAGUGCUCUACAAGUGACAUAUCAAAAGCCAUGGUAUGCACUGUCCUAUCUACGAGAGAGUGCAGAUACAGGAUCACGUGCUGCUUUAUCACAGGGCUCGAACUUAAUGACAGCACCAACGGCAAUUGCCAUCAUUGAGAUAUAAUUUGCUGUAUGUCUGGAGCAUCAAUGAUGGCAAAAUGUUUAUGUCUGGUUGUCAUUAUCUGCCAGUAUAUACCAUUAGUACAUUUGAAAUAUGUCUACAUACAGCAAAAUAACCUUUCAGUUGUGUUUAUUUGGUGCAAAAAUCAUUUUUACAAAAAUUGCCAUGGGCAGGCUUUAAAUUGUCGUAGGUCAGCUGUUUCACCCGCAGCAAUUUUGUUUUAAAAUUGCCGUUGGAGACAAAUUCUUAAGUUUGAGCCCUCUCUUUCCGAACCCGAGUGAUAAAAUGGCCAUGUUGGAGUUGAAAAAAAACAGUCUUAAGUUUAAAAUGUGCUGAGAUGUCGUUAAACCAUUUCAGAGCUUUGUUUUUUCAUUUUCGUAUUAUAUUAGAUAUAUGUGAUAGCCAAGUUCCAGCUUGUUUGUCCCUAGAGCUAGUCUUUCUGGUUGUCCCAUCUCACGGCUCUUCACAUGUACCUGCCAGUCAUCAGGAGUAGGACCAACUUAUCAAUGCAUCUCAUCUAGUCAUCAGGAGUAGUACCAACUUAUCAGUACAUCUCAUCUUCUAUGUCCAGGUUUCGUGUGGAAGGUUUCUGCAAGUCAUCAGGAGUAGUACCAUCUUAUCAGUACAUCUCAUCUUUAUAUAUCCAGGUUUGAUCAAGAUUGCUCAGUACCGUUACAUGUUAUUCUGCUGUUGUCCAGUUUUGUGUGAUAAAUUUCUUCCAGUCACCAGAAGCAGUAGCAUCACCAUCGAUACAUAUAAUCUGAAGUUGUCCAUUGUAAUGUAGUGGAUUUGUACUCAUCAGGAGAUACAUGUAAUCUGAAGUUAUCCAUUGUAAUGUAGUGGAUUUGUACUCAUCAGGAGAUACAUGUAAUCUGAAGUUGUCCAUUGUAAUGUAGUGGAUUUGUACUCGUCAAGAGAUACAUGUAAUCUGAAGUUGUCCAUUGUAAUGUAGUGGAUUUGUACUCAUCAGGAGAUACAUGUAAUCUGAAGUUGUCCAUUGUAAUGUAGUGGAUUUGUACUCAUCAGGAGAUACAUAUAAUCUGAAGUUAUUCAUUUUCAUAAUUCCUUGCAACUGUCUGAAGCUGAACAAUUUCAGUCUUUAGUCUUUGGGUGGUAGGUCAGGAUAACAUUUCUAGGCUGAUGUUUCAUUUUGUGUGUACUGGUUUUUCAACCAUGUGUAUUCAACUUACGGUUUAAAGGUUGCAUUGAAAAAUAUUGACUUGCUGUGCCAGAAUACUCUUGUUUUAUGUAUUAAUUCAUCAAAUAACAUUUUGAUAGAGAGAGGGAAAGAACUCAGUUUAUGGGACAUAUGAAAAUGUGUGACCAAAUUGAACUUUGUUAACCAAAAUAAAUAUAGCAUUGAAUUCUUCUUUUUUUAAAAUGGUAUUUGGCAAUUGGUAAAUAGUAGCUUGACCUUUGCAUCUGUAUGUAUUGUUUGCACAUAUGCUAAUAAGUACCAUCAAUUUCUGGUUACUAUGCACCUCUUUAAACAUUCCAUCGCCUUAAGUUCAGGACUGUCAGAAACCUGUAACCAAAUAGCUGACACCAUCUCAGUAGUAUGAGGGUUGAUUGAAACAUUCUUGGCCUAUCUAAGAAGUGUCCCUGUGCAUGAUAUGAUUAUGCAAGACAAUGACUAGCCACCAGGUACAUAGCCACUGAAGUCAGCAUCUCACAACAAGGGAUUCAGAACAUCCACAACAUGACAAUGGACAACUUGUUGCACACAACUCCAGGCUAGAGAGAACACUUGUUAUUUGAUGGUUGGUCUUUUGUGAUGGGUCGCAGCUGUUUGUGAAGAGUGGGUAUGUGGUUUGAAAUACAGACUUCGCUCAGCAAAAUGAAGUAACAAAUUCAGUGUAUUCACUCGGAGUAUAUUGAGAUCAAACACGGUGAAAUGGAGACAAAAGCAAGACUAGCAAGGGACAAAUUUAUUAUUAUGUAUCGUAUGCAUUGUUUUCGUUGUGUUUUAUGUGUUUGCUUUUUUAAAAACCUUAAUUUGCUUUCUUAUUAUGUACAAUGCACAUUAGCCAUAUGCUAAAUGGGUUUUCUGAACAAGAGCUAAUAAAGAUUUAUCAUAAU